AUGUCAGUAGGCUCUAAUAGGACUAUCGAAAACGUCUUUCAAGAAUUUCUACAAAGCGAAGAAGGAAAGUUCUUGGGUCAAUAUAUUCAUAAUAAAGAUCAACUGCUUCUCUUUAAACCGCGGAGUGGCAUCUCUCUCAAUGGAGAUAUUUCGACAACAUCCGAAGGACGCCCUUCCCUCUUGCUGUAUAAUCUUGACGAGGACAUGUUUUGA